GCGCGUCUGGGUGAGAGCUUCUGUGGAGCCGGAGUCCCGCUCUGACCGCGGUGGGAGCUGUUCUUUCAUUCAGGAGCGAGACACGGAGAGCUGCGCGUGCGGCUCCACAGCAGAGCAGAGUCCAGGCAGCGCACGGGCUUCUGCUGCUCUGGACGCGCAGAGGAGCGGGAGGAGCGCGUCUCUCUUUGUCCCACUCAGUUUGGUCUUUCUUUUUACAUUCAACUGUUACUUUGGACAUAUAUUGACCGUUUGAGCCCAGAUCCGGACUCUCCACACCAUGGAGCUGUGGAUAAAGUUGUUGUUGUUGUACAGCUGCUUCUUCGGGGCAAGUGCAGACUUUGACGGCAGGUGGCCGCGGCAGAUGGCCUCUUCCACCGGCUUGUGUCGCUACGGUGCCAGAGUGGACUGCUGCUGGGGCUGGACUCGCCGAUCCUGGGGUCAAUGCCAGCCUCUCUUCGCCUUUACUCACAGGGUAACCGGGAUAAGGUGCCAGCCCCAAGCCGUGUGCCAGGCAGGAUGCAAGCACGGAGAAUGUGUGGGACCAGACAAGUGCAAAUGCCACGCGGGCUUCACCGGCAAGACCUGCAAUCAAGAUCUGAACGAGUGCGGGUUGAAGCCGAGGCCUUGUAAACACAGAUGUAUGAACACGUACGGGAGCUUCAAAUGCUACUGCCUCAACGGAUACAUGCUCAUGCCCGACGGGAGCUGUGGAAAUGCGCGCACUUGUGGUAUGGCCAACUGCCAGUACGGCUGCGAGGUGCUGAAAGGAGAGGUCCGAUGUCAGUGUCCAUCACCCGGGCUCCAGCUGGCUCCGGACGGGCGGACCUGCGUGGAUGUGGAUGAGUGCGCGGCGGGAACAGCGGUGUGUCCACGCUUCAGGAAAUGCAUCAACACCUUCGGGAGCUACAUCUGCAAGUGUCACGACGGCUUUGACCUCCAAUACAUCAACGGGAAAUACCAGUGCAUAGAUGUGGAUGAGUGCUCCUUAGGCCAGAGCCAGUGCAGCCGCUUCACCACCUGCUACAACACCCCGGGCUCCUACAAGUGCAAAUGCAGAGAGGGCUACAGGUUGAUUGGCCACGACUGCAAAUCCAUUCCCAAAGUGGCCAUCGAACCUCCUCGACCAGGAAAGAACCAUCACCACAACUAUAUCCCUGAUUUCGAUUUCAGACGGACCACUACUGCGACGACUACUACUAACCCCCCAAUCACGGAAAAGAGAGUAUUCAGCCCCAGAUCCACUACGCCUACGACUACGACUACUCCUACGACCAAAGCACCACCGAAGAGGGUCACUCCGCCACCGCGCAAACCGGCUGUACCGACAAAAAAGCCGUUCGUGCCAACCAGGAAGCCCCCAGUGCCCACACGCAAACCCUACGUCCCGCCCAAACCUGCCCCGCCACCCACAAGACGCCCCUUCGUGCCUCCACCGCCCGCCCCGGUAACGCCAGUGGACAACACCAUCAACAAGGAGGUCACCAAGCAGAGGGGCGACGUGCACAUUCCCCGGAAUCAUGGCCACAACGCAGUGCUGGGGAUCGACUUUGACAUUGAGCUCGGCAACACGGCGGACGAGAGCAAGGACGACCCAGGUGCGGGUUUCCUCAGCUGCUCCUUUGAUGACGGACUGUGCGGCUGGAUUAGGGACAAAGACGGAGACGUGCACUGGGAGACGACACCCGAUCCAUCAGGUGGCAGAUAUCUCACCAUCCCUGAGGUGGGCAAUAAGAGGACGGGGAGGGGUGCGAGGCUCGUGCUCCCUCUGACUCCGCCCUGGGACGAUGGGAAUCUGUGCCUGUCGUUCCGGCACAAGCUGGCGGGACACCACGUGGGAAUGCUGCAGGUGUUUGUGAAGAAGGGCAAACAGUACAGCCCGGCCGUGUGGGGGCGCACCGGGGGCAACGGCUGGAGGCACACGCAGAUCACCCUAUGGGGAACGGGACUCGAAAGCGUCAUCCUGAAGGGGGAGCGUGGGCGCGGUCGGAGCGGAGAAAUGGCCGUGGACGACAUCACACUGAGGAAAGGCUCGUGCACAGAGGAACACAAUCUGAGGAGACUCUGACUGGGCUCACGCAAUGGACCGGAGGCACCAAAAGGGGGCGAUCUCAAAGACAUGUGACUGUACUGAUGCUCCCACUGGUCCUGCCUUGUCCGUCAACAAUCCCCCCCCGUCACCCUGGUUGCCAAUCUCAACCGACGCGUCACCCUCACUUUUGAUUUUGUCAUUUUGUAACCUGCAUGCACCUACUUCCCAAGAGAUGCCUCGAUAGAUACAGUCGGCAUCCGAGGGAACGCCCGCUAACGUAAGGUCCGAACGCUUUUGUGGGGGAAACGUACCAUUCAUCUGCGAACUUUGAGGGUUAUAUCGUGCCAAAUACAAAAACACAAAGACAUGAAAAGGAAUAAAGUACUCCAACGCUAUAAAUUUGUAUAAAUAUCCACGAAUGCUAACGUAGAUUCAUCUGCGCUACAUGUACCACAAAGCUAGCGACACAUGCUGUAUUUUAAGAUCAACAGACCGAUCAGUUAACUACUUUUGUGGAGUAACACCAUGUCAGGAAUGUCUUUUAAGGUUCAAUUAUGAAAACUUACGAUCUCUCCAUAUGUUUAAGAGUACAUGCCCACGCCUCUCGUACAAGGCCCCGCCCCCAGGAAGCUCUGUGCCGCGACCUCUAAAGGGGGAGUGGCUUAGCUUAGAGCGGGGAGCAAGGGAGUAUCAAAAAUGAAAUUGAAACUAAUCACACAUUUUAAUUCAUUAUUAUCAGCGACUAUAGUAUUUUUAAAACCAUAAAAAUAAACGAGGCAAUCUGAGUAUGUUAAAGAUUAAUGCCCCUUAUAAUUGUAAUACUGUACACUCUUUAAAGGGACGAUAUUACGCUAUUUUCUGAUCUAUGUUAUAAAGUUUCUCCAUCAAAAACACACCUGGAGUUGUGUUUUGUUUCAUGCACACUCGUUAAGGUUGUGUUCCACCUUGUGAUGUCAUGGGGAAAUACAGGAAGUGCUCCAUACACUCCAUGAACCUUCACUAAAAUCACAUGGAUGACGUCUGAAUGAACUGAAUAAAAGGUAAAAAGUUGUAGUUAACUUGAAAACUACCACUUCAUGACAUCACAAGGUGGAACAGAGCAUUUUGAGCUUUUGGAGAUGGAGACAAACCGAUAAUCCAGGAUCGCUCAAGCGUUUGUAAAAGAAACAAAACACAACUUCAGGUCUGUUUUUGAUGAGGAAACAAGUUUAUAACCCGGCCCCUGCUGUGACGCGUCGCCAACUGUAUCUAUGGCAGUCAAACCUUUUUUUUUUUUUUUUUUUUGGGAACAUAAUGUAUUCCCGCACAGAGAAAUCCACAUUCAGGCAUCUGCACUGCCUUUGAUUCCUUCGCCAAGAGCCAUUGCCUUUUCAUUGGUCGACUUAAAACAUUUGUCCAGAAGGGGCCUAUCAGCAAAAUAAGGGAGGUGGGUUUUAAGCCUGGAUUAGACUAAUACAUAUGUAAAGGAUUUUUCCCUCCCUGUCUUAUCCUCAAAUCGGAUGAAAACUAAAACAAUUCACAAAAGAAAAAAAAUCGGCACAGCACCGUUCCCCCACAGCUAUUUUGAAUAAAGCGUCACUUUUUUUUUUUUUCUUUUUUUGGUAACUUUCGGCUGUCCUAGUUUUUCAUUUGAAAGAAGACACUUUAAAACAUUUAGCUAAUUUUCUGUCAUGUUUUAUUGAAGGCUCACACAAUACUGUCAACUCUCCCCAGCUCCGCUUUUCAAAUACUUGAAACUUGUCACAGUCGAAACAUAAUUUUGACACUUUGCGAUUACACGGUUCCUUUUACCGCUCAGUACGUGCUUUGUUAUAUUCAGUGAAGUUUGUUAUAAAGACCACUUUUUAGGCAUUCACAAAGUGUACAAUGUAAAUGUAUGUAGUUGUGUGUAUGUACAUACUCCUGUGCUGUGUUUUUUAUGGUAAUCGUUCGAUGAAUAUUCAUUGGACUCUUGGCAGUGUUCCUACAGGUGAGCCUUAUAUCUCUGUGGUAUGGUGGAGUAAUGCUUGUGACUUGCAGAGCACAUAGUUGCAUUUGUAUGUUGUUCUAGUGGAGACCGUAGGCUGGAGUUAAAAGGUUCUGUAUGCAUGGGGUUAUUCGCCACAUUCAAGAUACACUGUUACUAU